AUGCCAGCCGCCUUGCUUUGUGCCUCAUUGUGGCGACGCUUGCCAGAAGGAGAUUCAUCCAGUGAUGGCGAACUACAGGCGCAGUCUUCGAAGACUUGUCCUGAUCGAGGAGAAUUUGGUCGACUGCAGAAGGUUUCCGACUCCUUUGAUUCCAUCCUCUCGCGGAUGACCUUGACCUUCGUGAUGAAGUCUGACUGGAGGCGGUGCUGGCGACGAAGGCUCCUGCUUGAUGGCCACAUUGACGCACCAAAGUGUCCCAUGUACCACUUGAAGCGGUAUACCUUAGAAGGAAAGAUAGCUCCUGACGCAGUGGCCGCAUGCUUUGUCAACCUGGCAUCCGGCGCUGCGACGCAGGCUUGCAGCGACGCCUUGAUGGAUUCCAACCCUGCGCUGCAUGGGUCAGGCUCUGCAGGCUGA